AUGUCGUCGUCUCCACCUGUUAAGCUCAUCGGCCAUUUCGCCAGCCCGUUCGUGCACCGCGCUGCAGCCGCCCUGCGCCUCAAGGGCGUGCCCUACGAGUUCAUCCAAGAAGACCUGGAGAACAAGAGCGAGCUAAUGCUGGCGAACAACCCCAUCCACAAGAAGGUGCCCGUGCUCCUGCACGGCGACCGCGCCGUCUGCGAGUCCCUCGUCAUCGUGGAGUACGUCGACGAGGCCUUCGACGGGCCGCCGCUGCUGCCGGCCGACCCCUACGACCGCGCCAUGGCACGCUUCUGGGCACAUUUCAUGGAUACCAAGGUACUUGUUGGCUUGUUGCUUCAUCGUCCUGCAAGGCUGCAACAUAUGCAUGCGUUUUCUGAUCUGACAGAAGACUUUUUUUUUACUGAACUUGAGCAGUGCCGGACGCCACUAGUUUUGUCGUUCUUGACGGAGGGCGAGCAGCAGGAGGGGUUCCUCAAGGAGACGAAGGAGAACCUGGCCCUCCUGGAGGCGCAGCUUGACGGCAAGAGAUUCUUUGGAGGUGACUCGGUCGGCUACCUGGACAUAGCACUCAGUGGAAUGUCUCAUUGGAUGGCUGUGUUCGAGGAGAUGACCGGCGUGAGCUUGCUGGCAGACGACGACUUUCCUGCUCUGCGUCGCUGGGCGAAGGAGUACACUUCCAACGAAGCUGUGAUGCAGUGCCUACCGAGCAUAGAGCAUCUCAAAGGCCACUUCUCUGCAACUGCAAAGAAAGACAAGGUCAAAGCAGUGGCCACGGCGAUGCAGCAGCAGCAGUAA